AAAAGACACGAACUGUCGCUGGUUUGCCUCCGCUAAGACGGGUUUUCACCUCAAGUUUCCUGGCCGAACCUUUGGGGAUCCUUAUAAUUUUCAUUGCACCAUGAGCGACCAGCCUAACGGCGUUGCUGCCGAGACAACGGAGAGAUACGCCAUUGGUAUCUCCUUCGGAAACUCGAACAGCUCCAUAGCUCAUAUCUCACCGGAAGGAAAACCUCAGGUUAUCGCCAACGAAGAAGGAGAUCGCCAUAUCCCUUCUGUCUUGUCCUAUGUCGAGGGUGAAGAAUACCACGGUGCACAGGCAAAGGCUCAACUAGUGCGGAAUCCAAAAAAUACUAUUGCAUAUUUCAGAGAUUAUCUAGGAAAAGAUUUUAAAUCUAUAGAUCCGACUCCUGCUCACGCUUCUGCGCAUCCUCAAUUGCAUGAUUCGUCCGUUGCGUUCACCGUCCGCGAUACAGCCGCCGAGGAACCCAACACUAUUACUGUUUCCGAGGUCACUACCCGCCAUUUGCGACGACUGAAGCAGUCUGCUUCUGAUUUUCUCGGAAAAGAUGUUAACGCUGCUGUUGUCACCGUUCCCACAGACUUCUCUGAAGCGCAACGCACCGCCUUGAAAGCAGCAGCGAAGGAAGCUGGCGUCGAGGUUAUUCAAUUUGUUCAUGAACCAGUUGCAGCCUUAUUGGCGUACGACGCGAUACCCGAGACACAAGUCAAGGAUAAGUUAGUUGUUGUUGCGGAUUUCGGUGGGACUAGAUCGGAUAUCGCCAUCAUUGCUUCAAGGGGAGGAAUGUAUACUGUCUUGGCUACCGUCCAUGACCCCGAGCUUGGAGGUGCCCAGUUGGAUCAAAUCCUUAUCGAUCACUUUGCGAAGGAAUUUAUCAAGAAGCAUAAAACCGACCCGCGUGAGAACGAGCGCAGUUUGGCGAAAAUGAAACUUGAGGCGGAGGUCACAAAGAAAGCUUUGAGCCUUGGAACUACCGCAGCGCUCAGCAUUGAAAGCCUGGCCAGCGGUAUCGACUUCAGUUCUACUGUAAAUCGAACGAGAUUCGAGUUGUUGUCCGGCAAGGUGUUUAGCAGCUUUACUCAGCUGAUUGAACAAGCAAUCAAAAAAGCUGAGUUGCAUGUGCUGGACAUUGACGAGGUUAUUCUUUGCGGUGGAACUUCCCACAUUCCAAAGAUCGCUCGCCUCGUACAAUCUCUCUUCUCUCCCUCAACUACAGUCCUCUCGCCAUCUACAUCUCCCACCGCAAUUAACCCCUCGGACCUCGCUGCUCGCGGAGCCGCCAUCCAAGCUUCACUAAUAGAAGAGUUUGAGAAGGAAGACAUUGAGCAGUCCACGCAUCCUAUGGUCACUGUCGCUCCCCACCUUGAAAAAGCAAUUGGCGUGCAACUCGUCUCAGCCGAUCAAAGUGCUGAAUCCACGGCAAUUUUCAAGCCGCUUCUUAGCGCUGAGACUGCCCUUCCCGCCCGCCGCACUGCGCAGUACGCCGUUCCCAAGGAUGGUGGCGAUGUCAUCAUUCGCGUCUGCGAAGGUGCUCGCGACAUCAAAGUCAUCAAGCCUGAACCCAAACGCAAGCCCGCUGGACCCAAGGAAGACUCGGACGUUGACUCUGACGAUGAGAGCGAGGAAGAGGAAGAAGACAUCCGUGAAAUUGUGUGGAAUGUAUCCAAGCCGAUCGCGGAGUUUGCUAUUAAGGGAGUUAAAGCUAAUGGUAAAGUGGAAGUGAUGAUCAGUGUUAACGAGCAUUUAGUCAUGCAAGUAACUGCUAGGGAGGUGGGUGCGAAGGGAGGCGUUCGCGGUGUUGUGGAUGGUCCUCAGAAUGGAGUUGCUGCUUAGAUAGGUGGUCAUGACGAGAGCACGAGUCAUUUGCCGAAAUGAGUUUCUCUUAUCUGAUUAGAAAAGGAUAGAUAUAGCCUUUUUUUUUCUUUUUUCCCUAGCCGGUUACAAGUGUUGUUUAGCCUUUUCAUAGCCGCAUCAUUCAAAAAUAAGAUAUUAGAUGAUUUUAUUCAGG